AUGGCCGACAAGACGUCAGAUAGCUCCGACACGCCCUCCGAACAACCGCCCGCCAACCCAUCCAACUCCGCACCAACAUCUCAUUUCUACCCCUUCGCAACAUCUCCAGAUAUAAUACGCUCUCACGAAAAAGACGCUUACAUUGUCUCGACUCUUACAAAUCAAUCACAAUCAAUCAUCCGCUCAAUCAAGGGAGCGCGGUACGCCCACGGCAAUGCGGACACAAUCAAGAACCUGACGGAACUCCUGUAUUUCUCUCUCACAACGUUUAUCGGUAAUAGAACGCUGGGCGAGGAAUAUUGCGAUGUCGUGCAGCUCGAAACUGAUACACUACAAUUACCUUCAAUCUUACGGCGGUGCGGAUAUAUUUUCAGCAGUAUUAUAAUACCUUGGGUGCUGGGUCGAUCACUACCUUCGAUACGAGCAAGAUUUCGAGCACGGCUCGAACGAAGUAUAGCCAGACAACGGGCAAGGGCGGCGUUAAAGAGCACACUUUUACAGACCAACAGUUCGACAAAAAAGAAGAGCCAGUCGAUAUUCAAUCUGUUGCGCAUUCAAGAAUAUGUCCUCGAACAUCUUGAUUCAUUAACGUCGCCUUCGCACGUUUAUGCUCUGAGUCUGGCUACAUUCUAUUUCACAGGCGCAUAUUAUCAUCUGUCAAAACGCCUCUGGGGCCUUCGAUACGUCUUCACAAAACAAAUCGGCGAGAGCGAACAGCGAGUUGGCUAUGAAGUCCUCGGUGUUCUUUUGGUCCUACAAAUGACCAUUCAAGGCAUAGCCCACGUGCGCGAGACUCUACAGCAGCCCUCAGCACAGACCGAGAAGAUUGCAGACGUGUCGGCAACUUCAAAAGGAGACGCGCCAUUGUCCUCCAUCCAGAAUCCGAUAUCAAUACCCACUCUGACCGCCAAUAUAGCGCGUUAUGAUCUGGCCGAAAAUCCACAGGCAAUCGCCUGGAUACCAGAGGGGCAACAUCAAAAGUGUACACUGUGUCUUGAGCCGUUCAAGGAUCCUAGUGUGACUACUUGUGGGCAUGUGUUUUGCUGGACUUGUAUUAGGGACUGGGUUAGAGAAAAGCCGGAGUGUCCGUUGUGUAGGCAGGAGGUGCUUCCUUCGAAGAUUUUGCCUGUACGCGGUUAA